GGAGGAGGUGGAGGAGGAGGAGGAAGAUCAGGAGGAGGAGGAAGAAGAGGAAAAAAGAGAAAAAGAAGAAAUAUCACAGAAAAAAAAAACUCUUCGUUGUCUUGCCUGGGCUUUUUUUUUUUCCCCUAAAAAUAACAUAUUGGAGAAUUGGGAGAAGUCUUUUUGGUUUGGAAAAAAAAAAAGGAAUCUUCAGCCUAGAUCACUUUCUUAUCCGGACUGGGAUAUUAAAUAUACGACACAUCCAGGAGUUUAUUGGAGCGCAGACUGAUGGCGCAAAGGUACGAUGAGCUGCCCCAUUACGGCGGGAUGGACGGAGUAGGGGUGCCUGCUUCCAUGUACGGAGACCCUCAUGCGCCGCGGCCGAUUCCUCCGGUUCACCACCUGAACCACGGGCCGCCGCUCCACGCCACGCAGCACUACGGCGCGCACGCCCCGCACCCCAAUGUCAUGCCGGCCAGCAUGGGAUCCGCUGUCAACGACGCCUUGAAGCGGGACAAGGACGCGAUCUAUGGGCACCCGUUGUUUCCUCUGUUAGCUCUGGUCUUUGAGAAGUGCGAGCUGGCGACCUGCACUCCCCGGGAACCCGGAGUGGCCGGCGGAGACGUCUGCUCCUCCGACUCCUUCAAUGAGGACAUCGCGGUCUUCGCCAAGCAGGUUCGCGCUGAAAAGCCACUUUUUUCCUCAAAUCCAGAGCUGGACAAUUUGAUGAUACAAGCAAUACAAGUACUAAGGUUUCAUCUUUUGGAGUUAGAAAAGGUCCACGAACUGUGUGAUAACUUCUGCCAUCGGUACAUUAGCUGUUUGAAGGGGAAGAUGCCCAUCGACCUUGUCAUUGAUGAAAGAGACGGCAGCUCCAAGUCAGAUCAUGAAGAACUUUCAGGCUCCUCUACAAAUCUCGCUGACCAUAAUCCUGCAUCUUGGCGAGAUCACGAUGAUGCAACCUCCACCCACUCAGCAGGCACCCCGGGGCCCUCCAGUGGGGGCCAUGCUUCACAGAGUGGAGACAACAGCAGUGAACAAGGGGAUGGUUUAGACAACAGUGUAGCUUCGCCUGGCACAGGUGAUGAUGAUGAUCCGGACAAGGACAAAAAACGCCAGAAGAAAAGAGGCAUUUUCCCCAAAGUAGCAACAAAUAUCAUGAGAGCAUGGCUCUUCCAGCAUCUCACACAUCCGUACCCUUCCGAAGAGCAGAAGAAACAGUUAGCGCAAGACACAGGACUUACAAUUCUCCAAGUAAACAACUGGUUUAUUAAUGCCAGAAGAAGAAUAGUACAGCCCAUGAUUGACCAGUCAAAUCGAGCAGGUUUUCUUCUUGAUCCUUCAGUGAGCCAAGGAGCGGCAUAUAGUCCAGAGGGUCAGCCCAUGGGGAGCUUUGUGUUGGAUGGUCAGCAACACAUGGGAAUCCGGCCUGCAGGUUUGCAGAGCAUGCCAGGGGACUACGUUUCUCAGGGUGGUCCUAUGGGAAUGAGUAUGGCACAGCCAAGUUACACUCCUCCCCAGAUGACCCCACACCCUACUCAAUUAAGACAUGGACCCCCAAUGCAUUCAUAUUUGCCAAGCCAUCCCCACCACCCAGCCAUGAUGAUGCACGGAGGACCCCCUACCCACCCUGGAAUGACUAUGUCAGCACAGAGUCCCACAAUGUUAAAUUCUGUAGAUCCCAAUGUUGGCGGACAGGUUAUGGACAUCCAUGCCCAAUAGUAUAAGGGAACUCAAGGGAAAAGGAAACACACGCAAAAACUAUUUUAAGACUUUCUGAACUUUGACCAGAUGUUGACACUUAAUAUGAAAUUCCAGACAGCUGUGAUUAUUUUUUACUUUUGUCAUUUUUCAUCAAGCCACAGAGGACCAAUGAGACGAGAACACAAAUGUGAAAUCAUGGGCUCACUGAGACAAUUCUGUCCGUGUAAAGAUCCUCUGGAAAAAGACUCCGAGAGUUAUAACUACUGUAGUAUAAACAUAGGAACUAAGUUAAACUUGUACAUUUCUGUUGAUCACUCCGUUAUGUUGCCUCAAAUAGUUUUAGAAGAGAAAAAAAAAUAUAUCCUUGUUUUCCACACUAUGUGUGUUGUUCCCAAAAGAAUGACUGUUUUGGUUCAUCAGUGAAAUCACUAUCCAGGAGAGACUGUGGUAUAUUUUAAACCUGUUGGGCCAAUGAGAAAAGAACCGCGCUGGAGACCAUGGUGAACGUUUGGCUGACCCUCAUCCCUUGGACUCCAGCUUCAAGAAUGUGUUUUCAUGCCCGGCCUUUGUUCCUCCAUAAAUGUGUCCUUUAGUUUCAAACAGAUCUUUAUAGUUUGUGCUUCAUAAGCCAAUUCUUCUUAUUUUUGGGGGACUCUUCUUCAAAGAGCUUGCCAGUGAAGAUUUAAACACAGAGCAGGAGCUUCUUCCAGGAGUUCUAAGCCUUGGCUGUGGACAAAACAAUCUCAAGUUGGGCAGCUUUCCUCAACACAAGAAAGUUAUUAAUGGUCCUAGCACCACGACUAGGAUGUUAUCAGAAACUCAAAGCUUGGGGGAUAAAAAGGAGGAAAAUACUGUAACAAACUUCGUACAGAGUUCGGUCUAUUAAUUGUUUCAUGUUAGAUAUUCUAUGUGUUUACCUCAAUUGAAAAAAAAAAAAGAAUGUUUUUGCUAGUAUCAGAUCUGCUGUGGAAUUGGUAUUGUAUGUCCAUGAAUUCUUUUCUCAGCACGUGUUCCUCACUAGAAGAAAAUGCUGUUACCUUUAAGCUUUGUCAAAUUUACAUUAAAAUACUUGUAUGAGGACUGUGACGUUAUGUUAAAAAAAAAGGUGUUAAGUCACAAAAUGCGGUAAUAAAUAUUUCAUUUUUGAUUUUU